AGAGCCCGUUUGUCCUAAAUACUCAAUGAGCUGUGGGAGCCAAGGUUGCUUAGCACCCCAUAGAAUCAAGACCUCAAAGAUAAAAAGGCUAGCUUGAGCUGUAGCUUUCUGGGGUGUGGUGUGUGGACAUAAAUAAGAAAAUUAAGGAGAGCGCAGUUUUGUUCCACUUCAGUUAUUGCCGUGGCUCUUUAGCUAGCAAGCUCUAGCUGGUACUUGGUGGAUGCAGCUGCCCUCUUGGCCAACAAACUGGUUAUAAAUGAAGAGAACAAGAGCGAGACCAGCUGGUGAUUGGCAUCUUUAAUUGCACCUUCUGAAUUAAUCACACAGCACAGAUUAAAGAAGCAUGGCUGAGCCUGGCGAGAAGCUUUUAAGUGUGGAAACGAAUAAACUCAGACAUGCACACAGCUACCAAGACACAACUUCGAUUGGGAUUAAAAGAAUGCAAAAGCGAUUUCUCCAGAAAGACGGAAGCUGCAAUGUGUACUUCAAGCACAUCUUUGGGGAGUGGGAGAGCUAUGUGGCCGACAUUUUCACCACAUUAGUGGACAUUCAAUGGCGCCAUAUGUUUGUGAUCUUCUCAUUGUCCUACAUCCUUUCCUGGUUGUUCUUUGGCUUGGUCUUUUGGUUGAUUGCACUCCAUCACGGUGAUUUAUCACUCGAUGAAGGAACGACCCCUUGUGUUGUCAGCGUCCAUAGUUUCACGGGGGCAUUCUUAUUCUCUCUUGAAACCCAAACGACCAUAGGCUAUGGAUCCCGUUGUGUCACUGAAGAGUGCUCUGUUGCAAUCGUGAUAGUUAUCAUACAGUCAGUGUUAGGCUGCAUCAUUGACACAUUCAUCAUCGGUGCUGCCUUAGCCAAAAUGGCCACUGCCCGGAAGCGAGCUCAGACCAUCCGCUUCAGCUAUCAUGCCACGGUAGGCUUAAGAGAUGGCAAACUCUGUUUGAUGUGGCGGAUAGGUGAUUUCCGCCCUAAUCAUAUGGUAGAAGGCACAGUGAGAGCCCAGCUCUUGCGGUACGUGGAAGACAGAGUUGGAAGGAUGACAAUGGAAUACAAGGACUUAAAACUGUUAAAUGACCAGAUCAUUGUUGCAACCCCAGUGACCAUUAUCCACGAAAUUAACCAGGACAGCCCAUUGUAUGAUCUGGACAGGAAGGCUCUUGCUAAAGACAACUUUGAGAUCCUGGUUACGUUUGUUUACACUGGAGAUUCAACGGGGACAUCCCAUCAGUCAAGGAGUUCAUAUGUGCCUCGAGAAAUCCUUUGGGGGCACCGGUUCAAUGACGUCCUGCAAAUGAAGAAGAAGUACUACAAAGUCAACUGCCUCCAAUUUGAAGAAACCACCGAGGUUUAUGCUCCUUAUUGUAGUGCCAAGCACCUAGACAGGAAGGAGCAAGAAUACACCACUUUGGAAAAAGCGGUGGAUGGAGAACCUGGAACGUCAUCAUCUUCUUCCUCUUCAUCAGCACCAGCACCAGCACCAAGAUUAGGACUAAGAGCCCGCUCCUUUAGUGCUGAAGCUUUAAUCAUCCACUCUGAAAUUUCUGAAGAGUCGGCCAAAACCUCUAACCAAGUCAAUGUUAUCGAGGUGCCGUAUGAGAGAGCGCUGGUGACUUUAAGUAGAAUCUCAAUGGAAUCCCAGAUCUAACAAUCUGUUGCAAUGGCUGCUCUUGACUUUGCAGCAGUUUUCAAGGCGCACAAGUUACGGACCUGGUAUCCUCAAAUCAUAAAACGGAAGAACAGACUCGUUGAUACUUCAUCGAGACUUCAGUCUAGCUCGUAUUCUUGUUUUAGUAGAUAAUGCUGAUAUUAUUCAUCUCCUUUAAAAAAUUCUUUUUUUGCAAACAAUAGAAGUUUGUGCCCUUGUAUUUUUAAAAAAGAAUGCUUAACAAUAUUCGGCAUCAAUACUGAAAGUGGAGGAUACCUGUUGAUAAGAAUUUCAAAGUUGCUUUAUCACGGAAGCCACGGAGUCAGAUUAUUUGAGUUAAAACUGCUUCAGGACCUUGUAGUCCUAUGAUUUGGGCACAUUAAUUUCGAAUUGUUCAAGGUGACUGUCUUUUGGAUUAAUGUACAAUUCAGUAAAUUAAAGAAUUGCAAAAUAAUUUAUUUGUGUGCAGCAGCAUAGCUGGGUAGUCUAUUUGCCAAGUGUACCCUAGGCCCACAUCUCAUUCAAGUAGCUCUUUUGAUUGUACAAAGAGAAGUUAAUAAAACCACUUCACAUUUUUGUUUAUUUGU